CGCAGGCGCGUUAGGUCCCGGCCGCUAUGCGGGUGCUUGUGGGUGGCGGGACAGGCUUCAUUGGGACAGCCCUAACCCAGCUGCUGAAAGCCAGGGGCCACGAAGUGACACUGGUCUCCCGACAGCCUGGGCCGGGCCGGAUCACGUGGGAUGAGCUCGCUACGUCCGGGCUGCCCAGCUGCGAUGCCGCCGUCAACCUGGCCGGAGAGAACAUCCUCAACCCUCUCCGAAGGUGGAACGAAGCCUUCCAAAAAGAGAUUCUUAGCAGCCGCCUGGAGACCACCCAAAUGCUAGCUAAAGCUAUCACAGAGGCCCCACAACCCCCCCAGGCCUGGAUCUUAGUCACAGGUGUAGCUUACUACCAGCCCAGCCUGACAGCAGAAUAUGAUGAGGACAGCCCAGGAGGGGAUUUUGACUUUUUCUCCAACCUCGUGACCAAAUGGGAAGCUGCAGCCAGGCUUCCUGGAGAUUCUACACGGCAGGUGGUGGUGCGCUCUGGGGCUGUGCUGGGCCGUGGGGGUGGUGCCAUCAGACUCAUGCUGCUGCCCUUCCGCCUGGGCCUGGGGGGCCCCAUCGGCUCAGGCCAGCAAUUCUUCCCCUGGAUUCACAUCAGGGACCUGGUGGGAAUUCUGACCCAUGCCCUUGAAGCAAACCACGUGCAGGGGGUCCUGAAUGGAGUGGCUCCAGCCUCCACCACUACCAAUGCUGUGUUUGCCCAGGCCUUGGGUGCUGCCCUGGGCCGCCCAGCCUUCCUUCCUCUUCCCAGCAUUGCCGUGCAAGCUAUCUAUGGGCGAGAGCGUGCCAUCAUGCUGCUGGAGGGCCAGAAGGUGAUCCCACGGCGGACGCUGGCUGCAGGCUACCAGUAUUCCUUCCCAGAGCUAGGGGCUGCCUUGAAGGAAGUCGUAGCCUAAGUAUUCGCGCAUGGCCAGGGCCUGAGUUCUGUCUGUCAACAGAGGCUUCCUGGUUAGACACUGCAUAUAGGCUCAGCUACUCUUCUGCUUGAGAUCUGAAGCCAUCUGGUUCUUAGGGAUUCCCCCUUCCUAUUCUGUUGCCUUACCCUAUUUAACUGGCAGACUGUCCAUAGUCUCAAGGCAGUAAUCUCAUCAGGUUGGGGCCUUAACCUCUUUGACUCCUUGUGAAAGGAUUUCCAAGCUUGGUGUCUGCAUAUCUGUUGCUGCCCCGCUUCUCCUUUGUGCUGUGUAGAGAACGCUCUGCAGUUCAGGCAAUAAAGAUGAAUUAUCUCGCUA